CGCAAACCACUCCACCUCUCACCUCGCGCCCUCUCACGCCCGCCCACGCCCACGCCCACGCCCCUCCCAUCCUCUUCCCGAGAGACGACGACUCGCAGUCUCGCACAGAAGCACACAGUGGCACGGAGCACGGAGCAGCGUGCCGCCCAAUGCUUUUAAAACGCGACGCCCAGUGACAGUGAAUCCAAGUCGUCGUCGUCGUCCUGGCCAUUCCUCGCAGGGACACGGCGCGCGCACUCCCACGAAAAAGGAGAGGAGGAAAAAAAAACUGGAAAAGGCGAGCAAGCAGAAAUCGCAGCACGCCGGGCUGGGAAUGACGCGCGCGCGCCGGCGAUGGCCGAACCGCCGCAGACGCUAGCGCUCGCCGCGCUCAUCCUCCUCAACCUUCUCCUCACCGCCGCGGCGCUCUACGUCAACGUCCGCCGCGUCCUCCGGGCCCGCCGCAGGGCCCAGCUCCAGCAGCAGCAGCACCACCAGCCCCUCCCGCAGCAGCCGCCCGGGCCCGAGGCGGCGGCCCGUGAGCAGCACGCGCAGGAAGAGGAGGAGGGGGGAGGGGAGGAGCACGCGGACGAGGGCGGGAGGGAGAAGCAGCAGCGGCGGCGGCGGAGGGCGCGGAGGCGGCGGCAACAGCAGGAGGGGGAGGGAGCGGACGGUGGCGGCGGCGGCGGGAACGGGGACACUGCCGCUGCGGCGCCCUCCGCGAAGGCGGCGUGUAGGGAGGGGAAGGCGGAGGAGGAGGCGCUGCUGCCCCGGCGGCCGCAGUUCCCGCUCGCCUCGGUGGCCGGCGCGCUGCAGCGCCGGAUCAACGCGCGCUACGACGACCUCGCGCGGGCGAGCGAGGCGCGCUGCCUCACCAUCGAACAGGUUAAUGAGUUUCUUAACUGUCUCAUAGAUGCUAGAAACGAGCUGCUGCAGAGGUGUGAGAACGUCCAAAGAAGCUUCAAAAUAAAGAAGGCAAUGUUAUCCAACCAUCGGAACUACAGGUCUUCAUACGAUCGCCUCUUUGAACAGGUAUGUAGAUUGGAAGCGGAACGCGAUAACCUAAAGAAAGAUGCCGCCAUCUACAAUUACAUCCAAGAAAGGCUUCAGAAGUCAUUGCCAUACAAAAUGAUCAUGGAGCUCAGCGCUAUGGAGAUGGAGGCCCCUGAGAUAUCGUUUGAGGAGCUGCUGGCUAAGGAGAAAGAGGAUACCGCCUUCUGGCAGCCUAAUGGGAAGAUGAGGUCAAUCUCAUCCAACCCAAAGUAGCCAAGUAGGACGCGAGGUCCCGAGGCCAGCAUGGGGUGACUGACGAUGGCACACUGAAACAUCGAUAGCGUCUCAACAUCAUUAGCAGUAUAAACUUUAAAACCGAGCUUGCUCUCCCAUUAGAGCUGCUGUAUCGAACCCUUUGGUGUAAUGCAGCUGGCUGUCAUGAUGUUGGGCGCCUGUCACUUGGUCCUGGCCUGAAAUCUGGGCAGAUUAAAGAGCUGUGUCGCGCUCGUCAGUAAUAAGUGCACUUCCAUAUGCUGUC